AUGGCUCGACUCAGCAAGAUAUCCGUUGUUGUUCCCCUCCCCUCCUUCGAUAUCGACCCCCUCAAGACGUUUGAUGAAGACUACUUUGACCGUGCUGUUGACAACAUCUUGUCUGAGGAAGCUAGCAUCGAAGAAUCUCGGGAUGAGAUGAUGGACGACGAUAUUGGCAUCUCGAGUCCAUUUGGGUAUGACGGCACGUCCGACUCUUCGAGGCUCAACGUUGGUCGUACCCAAAGGAACGAAACCAAGUCGCCGCAUUUUUCUACUCCCUCAACCUCUGCCUCGCCUACAACUGGCACGACAACGAACAGGAAGUCGAAAAACUCUUCUAGAAUAAGGAAGAGUGUGACAACAGAGGGUCUUGGUGGUGAUGAUGAACCUCUUAUGAGCCUCGAGAACAUCACACAACCUCAGCGUGAGAAGGAAGUCAUGGAAGUUGAACAAUAUCCCAUCCACGAGGCGGGUGGUCCCUCUUCUGCACUUCCCGAACUGAUGGAAUCUCCCGAAAUUCCGAUUUACGGCAAUGAAAUGACGGCGGAAGAGAGGAUCUUUGCUUCGGUGGACCCAGAAAAGCAGAUGGGGGUGAUGAAGUUCAUUGUCUCACACUCUUUCAUGACCGAACCGCUUCAACCUGUUCGACGUUCCGCUAGACGUCAAUUCACUGGCCAAGUGCGCGAGGUUGCUAUGGAGGCUGGGAUGAACGACACAGCUGUCGAUGCUUUGAUUGACCACGUUCGAAAUACAUUCCUUGAGGACCGUGAAGUUGUGGCAGCUAACUAUGCUGACUCUGCGUUCGGGGAUGAAGUGGACGGCGAGGAAGACAUGCACCGAAAACGGCGUAAGAGCAGCACAGACCACAGCGAAGACAGAGAGAACAAGAAAAGCAAGAGGCGUCAGUCUGAUAAGCCAGCCGAAGUAGUGGAAGCACGUGUCCCGGCAGAUGUUUCUACUGAAAGCCAGGACAAUCGCCACGCUCAGCUGGAUGAGCACAAACAUAAGGCCAACACGCCGGAUCUACCUCGACUGCCCACGAACAUCAUUCGCGGUAGCCCCAGAACAUUCAUCGAUCUGACCGACUCCUCGCCCUAUGACGAGGUCAUUCGUGAGAGCCCACUGCCUGCAAACGCGGUCGAUAUUAAGCCAUUCAAACGUCGUGAGCCAGGCGAAAAAUCACAAAAAGAAAAGAACAGGCGCAAGCGCGAACGGAGAAGAGAGCGGAACAAACAUCGGAAGAGCUCGGUUGAACAACAACAACCUCAAGACGAUGUCGUUCAUAGUGCAGAGAAACAAGCUUCAGGCGACUCCAUUGAUGGAAAAGAUCAAAUUCCACCUUCCAUUCCCCAGCAAACCUCUUUCGGGGGCUCCAGUGGAAGCCGACGAAGCUCCAGUCAGCGCCCGCUACCCGCCGAUCCAUCUCUUGAUGAGGUUCAGUCUAAGUAUUUCUUAGGGGUUGGCAACCCCAAAAUUGGCUUGAAAAGCAAGCGGGAGACGCCUUCCUCGCUGAAUGAGUGGUCAAUCCCCCCGCAAACCCGACAGCCGUUGGAUGAUUUGAAUCUGCCCCCGAACUUCCUGUCAUCGGAUUCUUCCUUGAGUGAUGUGCCGAGUGAUUUUGAUUCCGAUUCCGAUUGGAACGAUCUGUGUGAUCCCCCAUUUCAUGCUCAUAUCACGAUCUCGCCUCCUAAAAGCCCCUGUGUUGUAUCCCGAUCCACAAAUCCUGACCCUGAAACCCCUGUGAGAGGCAGCUCUUUCGUUAACCCAGAACCCAUCAAAACCCCUCAAGCCAAAGCCCCGAAGCAUUCUCCUUAUUUCCCACCUGUUCUAGUUGAUCCUAAAUCCUGCCUCCCAUUCCCCCCUAUCGAUGCCCCUUGUUUCGGGCUCAUCCAGGAACAGCUUGCACAUGACCCCUUUCGUUUACUCAUUGCAACCAUGUUUCUCAAUCGAACCCGCGGUGGUGUCGCCCUGCCGGUCUUGUUCAAGGUUUUUGACCGAUAUCCUACAAUUAAGGCGAUGGCAGAAGCAGACCUGCCGGAAUUCGUAUCGAUGAUCAACUGCUUGGGCUUUCAAAAUCAACGCGCCAGGAAAUGCACUACAUUGGCACAAACAUGGUUAUCAGACCCCCCGAACAAAAACAAAAGAUAUCGCAAGCUACACUACCCACGAAACCUGGACGGUCGUAACGUUGGCCGUGAAGAAUGCAUUGAUGAAGAAGAUUUGCGCGUCGCAUGGGAGAUUGCACAUCUCCCUGGAGUUGGAGCAUAUUCCCUUGAUAGCUGGAGGAUCUUCUGUUGCGAUGAGUUACGAGGAAAAGCCUCUGACUGGAAAGGGACAGAUGCGACAGAGGUCGGGUUUGUGCCCGAAUGGAAAUGUGUUCUACCACACGACAAGGAGCUACGUGCCUAUCUUACAUGGAUGUGGCUGAAGGAAGGAUGGAUUUGGGAUUACAACACGGGCGAUUUGACACUUGCGAGUGACAAGACGAUGAGAGCUGCGCAGAGUGGAGGGGUCGCCCGUGAAGAAGAGGGGAGUUGGGUACUAGAGACAUCCCCUGUCAAGGCAGUGAAUGGAUUGCAUGAAUCGGAUCGCUCCUAA